UGAAACAGACUAUUGCUACUUACAGCACCGUAUAGCAGCCCUGCUUCACAUUUUGCUGCCUUACUCUGCCCUGAAUACACUGGAUUGGGGAUGGUCCGUCAUUAACUAUAAACUGCUUCUCAUCAGGAAACUGCACAUUAUCUAACUACCACUUCAAAGGUCUCUCGUCAGGCAGAAGUGACGCCAGGAGAUGAUUUAAAGGUGAAAAUGACAAGGUUUCUACCCCUCAAACCUUGGUUCCUUUUCUGACAAUCAAGUCUGAAUGAAACUGAUGCCUUCUAACUGUGGAAACAGCAUCGGAAGAAAAAAAAUAUUUUUAAAUAUUGAAAAAGAAGAUUAUUGGGAAGCUCUUUAAAACAGAGAGAGAAAAAAAAAACCUCCAAUUUGUGGCACAGAUGGAUUUUAGAAAGUGUUAGAGCUUUCCAAUGAACACUAAUAGAGUACUCUGCUCUUGGCUGGAUUUUUCAGAGAAUGGCCAUGGUCUCUGCGAUGUCCUGGGUCCUGUAUUUGUGGAUAAGUGCUUGUGCAAUGCUGCUCUGCCAUGGAUCUCUACAGCACACUUUCCAGCAGCAUCACCUGCACAGACCAGGUUGGCACCAGUCCAUGGAUCAGUGGUGGAAAAUCACUGAAGGAGGGACAUGUGAAGUGAUAGCAGCACACAGAUGCUGUAAUAAGAAUCGCAUUGAGGAGCGGUCACAAACAGUAAAAUGUUCCUGUCUACCUGGAAAAGUAGCUGGAACGACAAGAAACCGGCCUUCCUGUGUUGAUGCCUCCAUAGUGAUUGGGAAAUGGUGGUGUGAAAUGGAGCCUUGUCUAGAAGGAGAGGAAUGUAAGACACUUCCUGAUAAUUCCGGAUGGAUGUGCGCUACAGGCAAUAAAAUUAAGACCACAAGAAUUCACCCAAGAACCUAACAGAAGAAUUUGAUGUAGUAGUAAAGGAAAAUCAACUCUUCAGAAAACACUUUUUAAGAAUUUAAAACAUCUCACCCAAUACAAAUCAAAUGGAUUUCUAAUUUGAAUCUGUGACUGCUUACCAGAUAAUGAGUGCUUUUACUGUGUGUCACAAAGUACCCUGUAAGGAGAAAACCUGGAAUUCUUGGCAUGGAAUUUCGUCAAUGGAAAAUGUGUUUUGAAGAAAAUGGCUUUCUCAUUGGAAAGAAAUUUGGAUUUUGAAGAACAAUCAACUCUCCUCUAAUUUGGAUCUAUAAUUACUUUGUACCAUUUAAAAUAUAUGUAUAUAUAAUAUUUUGAAAUAUUAUAUAUUCUCGUCAAAAAUGAACCAUACCCCAAUAUGAGGCAACUGGUAUAUCUCUUGAGUUUUGGAUUUCUUUUGUUUUCUUGUCUUCUUUUUCUACUGGCAAGGAAGACAUGUGCCCUUUUGAGAAUUCUACAUAGCACUCGCACUAGCAGGCCAGCUACAGGUGGACUCCUGGAAUCUGAGGCAUUCCAACUCCACUGAACCAAGAGCUUCCUUCCAUUCCUACCAGCUGGUCCAAGGAAGCACAUUGCGCUGUUUUAUUGCUUUCUACUCUGUGCAAUAUUAGCAUGCAGGCUUGGCUUACAUAACCAUACUUUAUAUUCAAUGGAUAUAUAAUAACCAUUCUAACCUCUUCCAGGAAAAUAUUUUUAGAAGUACUAGCUUUUCCACAGUUAGGAAAAUGAGAAUUCUUGAGGGAGCUGUUCCACCAAGCUAUUCAGACUCUGGCAGAGUUAUGGUAGAAUAUGGAUCCCUGUAUUAAUAAGUGCUGUACAUACAAUGUCUUAAGGCUUUGUAUACUAUCCUAGACUUCAGAACUGUCCUAUGAUUAAAUCCAAAGUCUGGCAUCAUUAAGUACAUAGUGCUGUAUCAACAAGUCUUACCAUGACACCUCUUUCUGUGUUGAUUUGCUUUUUUUCGAGAGUGUUUAGAUUUCUGGUGACAUAGAAAGAACAUUAAAGCAAUUAAGUUUCAGAAUGGUCAAUGUGACCAAAUGUCGACAGCCUUAUUAAAGUGGUAAAUAAUUUCUUUAUAAACCUACUACUUUCUUUAUUUGUCAUGUAUUGUUCUUGUAUCAGCUUUACCCAAAACUAGGACACCGGCUUAGGCACUGAUAGUGAGCCACAGUUUUGUCCAUGAGGUCUUUGUUUUCCUCAAAGCCACUCUUUCAACUCCAAUAUUUUGAAAUUAAUAAAUUUAUCACAAGGACUACAGAAUAUUUAGGCAGUUAGAUAAAAUGACAAACCCCAUUAUUAGUCUUUUCUAGUGGCCACGUGGAUGUUACGUAUGGAGCUCAGCUCCCAAACAAGGAAUGAUUGAUCUUUUUAAUAGUUUCUCAGCUGAUGCUUCUAAGAAUGAAAUAUCUAUUUAAGUUCUAGUUUUCCUUAGAAUAAAUUAUAGUAUUAUA